UACACACAAUAUUUUAUUUCUACUUUCUUAGGGUAAAAUUUCUUCAAUUCUGGUGGAUUUUUACAGACCAAUAAUGGCCUUACCACACAGUUUAUUUGAUCUUUCUCUUAACACGAUUGUACAAAAUCAUUUAAAGUUAUUGCCUUCUAUUCGAUCGUUACCUGGAGGUAUACAAUGCGACGUUUAUAGACAGAUGUAUAACUGUGGUCAUUUAAAAGCAUUAGAAACAGAACUAACGUGUUUUGAAAAUGUUACUAAAUUACUUAGGGCUAGUGAAAGAAGAUUAUUACUUUAUAAACCUUUACAAAGUCUGUGUGACAGUGGCAUAAAUGUUGGUGUUAUUUUGUGUGAAGAAUAUAGUUGUCAGGUCUUACAAUACGUCAGAUUGAAGGAUUGCGACAGAUGUCAAAAGCUUGUCCCACUUGGUAUAUCGCUAGGUAAUCUGUUUUUUGAGAUGGGUUGGUUUUACGAAGCGGACAAAAUUUUCUAUUGUGUUUUGCAACUUUGCAAAGAGUUAGAUCCAAAACCAUUCAAGAUUAUUUUAUUCUGCCAUACAAGAUUGCUUCAAAUUAGGACAGCAAAUUGUCAAUUUUCUUCUGCAAAAGACUCGUAUGAACAAGCGGUUGAACUAGCAAGUCAGCUGGAGAGUUUGUCUUCUUUCCCUGUUAGUUGGAUUCCAAUUUCUUUAGGAAAAUGUCAGUUGCUUUUUGCAAUGAAUCAUUACAGAGAGGCAUAUCAAGACUGUUUAAAAUUGCUAACUCAAGUUAAUUCUCACCUUCCUGUGAAAGUGAUCGUCGAUAUUUUACGAAUCGCUUCGAAGGCAUGCGUUGUUAAACGGAAAUACAGAAAGGCUGAAUAUUUGGUCACACAUGCUGUUGAGCUUGCAAGACAACAUUUUGGCGAACAACAUCCGACAUACGCCGAUUGCUUAGUCGACUAUGGUUUUUAUCUUUUAAAUGUCGAUUCGGUGAAUUCCGCCGUGAAAAUUUAUCAGACGGUUCUAGACAUUCGAGAAAGUGUGUUUGGAGAGAAUAAUCUGUGCGUAGCGAUGGUGCAUGAAGACUUAGGUUAUGCCUCGUACGUUCAAGAAUACAGCAGUGGAGAGUUUGAAAACGCCAGAUGGCAUGCUCAAAUGGCAAUAGAUAUUAUUUCAAGAAUAAUGCCUCAAGAUCACUUAUUACUUGCGUCGUCAAAAAGAGUAAAAGCUCUCGUCCUAGAGGAGAUUGCCAUCGACAGAGAUUUAGAAGAAGAAAAACUAGACGAGGCUCAGAACCUUCAUUUAGCAUCGCUCCUCUUGGCAAGGCAAGCGUUUGGGGAAGAUAAUGUUCAAAUAGCAAAACAUUUUGGCAACCUUGGCAGACUGUAUCAGUCCAUGAAGCGAUACCAUGAGGCUGAAGAGAUGCACAAAAGAGCGAUUGAAAUCAAGGAAAGAUUACUGGGCAAGGAGGACUACGAGGUGGCGUUAUCACUGGGGCAUCUGGCUUCACUCUACACAUAUGACAUGAAUAUGUACGACCAAGCAGAACAGCUUUAUAUUCGCUCUAUUGCAAUCGGUCGCAAACUUUUUGGCGAUGGAUACAGUGGGUUAGAGUAUGAUUACAGGGGAUUAAUUCACUUGUAUAAAAGUACAGGAAACUUCGUAGAAAUGCUGAACUACAGCCAUAUUUUGGAGAGAUGGCAUGGUUUACGAGAAAAUCAGGCUGUUGCAGAACUAAACAUAAGCGCUAAAAAUUAUCAAAAACCGACAGAAAAAAUAAUCCAGGAUUUUUUUACUCAACUAGACUAACACGAAUGCGUACGAGGUGGAAUAUCCUCGAGGGAAUUUCAUUGGGACGGGGGUGUUUGUGGGUGGAAUAAUAUAACCAACACAUGGGGUAAUUGUCAAUAAAUAUAUUUAGG